ACUAAAUCUUUCAUUGCAAAUUAUUUUCAUCAUUAAUAGAUUUCACUGUGGCUCAAUGUCCUCCUGAUGUCAUCUCUGUUUUUAUUUUAAAUGAUAGAACCCUCCAUGUUCCAUUGACAGAGCCAUUAUGCCUUCAAUGCAGAUUCUUUACUAAUCAAGGCAACUUUUUUACCUUUUCUGAUGGUGUAUGGAGGAAGGGCAGUACUGUACUGAAUGAUGGAGACUUUAAUGGAAAUGUUAGUCUAUCAAGUACUUCUGAUACUAUGCGUAUAACCCUGGAGUAUCCUGAUGAUCUUGUGAAUGUUGGUGAUACUAUAACUUGCUCAUCAUCAACUGCUGGUCAACAAUCUGUCAUUACUUUUGGAGAUUUUGUCUUUUUGAAUCCAAUAAUAUCUCCUGAUGGCAUAGUCAAUGUCACUAAAGGAUCUAAUUUAACAUUAACAUGUUCUGAUCCUGGUAAUACUGGUAUGCCACGUUAUGUAUGGAUUAAUGAUAGUGAUGGUAGUGAGCUAACACCUGUCAUUAAUAAUCCUCCUUUAAACUUGAAUAUAAUAGAUAUUGACAGAGCAGCUAGUGGUAAUUACACUUGUAGAAUAACGCACAAUGACUUACCAGGUAUUAACAGAGAAACUACAGUCACUAUUAAUGUUCACCCACUAAGCCUUCCAGCAGUUUAUAUUUAUAUUUAUAAAACAACAGGAUAUGUUAUUAUCAAUUGUACAUAUGAAACUUAUGAUAAUUCCAUUGAUGUGAAGUGGGAGCAUAAUGACUCACUACUUGAUCCUAAUAGUGAUCCUUAUAUCACAGUUAUCACACAAUCCUCUUACUCUGAGCUCAGAAUCUUUUCCCUCACCCAACAGUAUGUAGGAGCAUACCAGUGUAUAGUCACUAAUGGAGCUGGGUCUGUUAAGAGUGGAAAAGUAAAUGCUACAAUUAAUCAAGGUGUGCCACUUUGUUUAAGAAUUCAAUUUAUCUCAAAAAUUUAUAGUACUUUCAUCAAGUGGUAGCAGUAGUAAAACUACUACUAUACCAAGUACCAGUAGUAGCUCUAGUACUACAAUUUCUACAAUUCUGAUUCAAAUAACAGCAAGGCCAAGUGUAACUCCUAAUUUUUCUUCUGAAUGCAGUAGUAAUGUUGUUGUAGCAGUCUCAUCAGGGAUUGUGAGUUCCAUUAUCUCAUCUAUAGUAACAGCACUGGCUACUUUGAUCAUUGGUUGCUAUUUUCAUAAGAAAUCCAUCAAUAAAAGUAGAUCAAUUGAUAGACUGAAAGAUAUCCCAAUUGAUGUUAAUUUAGCUUACUCAUCACGGACACCGGAAUAUGAACAGAUUUCUGGUCUACCAACAACAGAGAAACAAUAUGAAAAUAUUGAUGCACUCCACUGAUGACUUUGCAAACAACAUGCAUCACAUUUAUAAUAACUUCCUUUUUUGCUUAUUAUCAGCUAGAAUC